AUGGCAUCCUCGUGGGACAAUCGGGUCGCGUUUGUCGUAAGAUAUCUCUAUGACAUCGACUGCAACGGGUACCUGGACGCGCACGACUUCCACUGUCUGGCGCUGCGCUCGUGCGUGCUGGAAGGCAAGGGCGAGUGCAGCGCCUCGCGGCUGCAGAAGUACCAGCGCAUCAUGCUCAGCCUGUGGGAGGAGAUCGCCCAGCUGGCGGACUUCGACAAGGUGCCGGACUAUGAUGGUAUCGUAACCGUGGACGAGUUCAAGCAGGCCGUAAUGAAUUGCUGCGUUGGUCGACGGUACGAGGACUUCCCGCAGGCGAUGAAAGCGUUCAUAGAGUCAAAUUUCAGGAUGAUAGAUUUAAAUAACGAUGGAAUACUCGCGUUGGAGGAGUACAGAUACGACUGCGUGCAGAGGAUGGUGUUGGAAGACAUCAAAAUCAUAGACGAAGCGUUCUACUCUUUAUUAAAUGACGACGAUCGGAGACGGGGCGGCAUCACGCUGUCCCGGUAUCAGGAGCUUUUCGCUCAAUUCCUCGGGGACCAGAGCGAGGACUGUCCAGCGAAACACCUGUUCGGGCCUUUAGAACUU